CGGUACAAUAUCGUUCAACAUGGCAGACGAGAUAGAUGAUGAAGCGUGAAAGUGUUCCAAAGCUGUUAAUUUCUUGGUGGAACUGGAUCAGUAAUGCCUAACUGGUACUUUAGUAAAGAGGGAUUGUUACGAACGCCUUCCAGGCUUGAUGGCAUCGAUUACACGACUGAAAUACGCUACAGAAGAGAGGGAACCCGCUUCAUAAUGAACUGUGGAAAUCGAAUGAGAUUACGUUACGACACCAUGGCCACAGGAGCAGUUUACUUUCACAGGUUUUACAUGGUGCAGUCAUUCAAGAACUUUCCUCGAUGGGUUACAGGUGCAGCAUGCUUAUUUCUUGCUGGGAAGGUAGAAGAAACACCAAAGAAAUGCCGUGAUAUCAUUAAAACAUCCAAAAGUCUUUUGCAUGACAAUCAAUUUGAAACAUUUGGUGAGGAUCCAAAGGAAGAAGUGAUGAUGUAUGAAAGAGUUUUACUACAAACAAUCAAGUUUGAUUUACAAGUGGAACACCCAUACCCAAGUCUUCUCAAGUUUGGAAAAGCACUCAAAGGUGACCGUGCAAAGAUAAACAAGCUGGUUCAAAUGGCUUGGACUUUCUUAAAUGACAGCUUGUCUACCCCUCUGUGUUUGAGAUACAAACCUGAAGUCAUCUCAGUUGCCAUGAUAGCUUUAGCAGCAAAGUUCAACAACCAUGACUUACAAGCCACCUCUAGUACUCCUGGCAAAACAUGGUACCACUCAUUCACCAAGGGGGCUACAGAGUCUGUGGUUGAAGAUAUUUGUGAUCUGAUGCUGGAACUCUAUGGUGGUGAAAAAAAGAAGGGAAAAACAGAAGCCAGUGAUGAAGGAAGCUCUUCAAACCAUUCUAGUCCAAUGAUUAACCCCAGUCCACCAGCUGCUAAGAAGAGAGUGAGUUUUUCUUGUUAAAGUGCCCCUGUGAUCAAAAUUUUCGUACAUCAUCUUUUUCCAUUUU